AUGCUGCCGCUCACUGACGAGGGGUGCGGCUUGCGUAAGAAUAGCUCGUCGCCAGUCCAUUACAAGCUACGCCCAAACUACGAACUCUGGCGGAGCGCCGUGACUGCCUCCUGCGCUGGAUCGCAAACAAGCGUCCCGGAGCUGACCUGGAGAGCACGGCGCAAGGACGGGGACCGAGAAAGCUGUGGAUGGAAGGCCUUCGCCGAUGAUCCAGAGUGCGUUGUGUACUCGCUCGGUUCGGCAGGCAACUAUCAGCACUGGUUCCACCCCUUUUGCAUCGCAUCGACCGACGGUAUGCCUGACGCGCGCUACAAGACGCUGCGCACGGUCUACCGCAAUCUGGGCCACGACUCGAAGCGCCUCUCACUCCUAAAGAUGGACAUCGAGGGCUUUGAAUGGCCUAUCCUCCAGUCGUGGCGCAUUUCAGAUGUGGCGCUGCCGGAACAGUUCAGCGCAGAGCUUCACUGCACAACGCAACCCCAGCCCCGCGGCCACCUCCGCCAGAUUUCUCUCGGGGAGGCGACCACGGUCCUCUCCCACUUCCACCGCCUUGGCUACAGGCUGUCGCAAGUCGGAUGGGAGGGUGGUGGCAUCGAUGUUAGCUUUGUGCGCACCAGGCAGCUGUAA